AUCAUUGGAAACUCCUACUAAAAUACAAGGGAACCAUAGAUGGGAUCCUUACUUUAAGGAUUGUAUUGGAGCCAUCGAUGGUACACAUGUAAGAGCCUCUGUUCCUAAGGAUAUGGAGUUAGCCUUUCGUGGUAGGAAGUCAUAUGCCUCUCAAAAUGUAAUGGCUGCCGUAGAUUUUGAUCUCCGGUUCACCUAUGUAUUGGCUGGUUGGGAGGGGACAGCACAUGAUGCACUAGUGUUAAGAGAUGCUUUGGAGCGUGAGAAUGGACUUCGAGUACCACAAGGAAAAUUCUACCUAGUUGAUGCCGGAUAUGGAGCAAAACCAGGAUUCUUGCCCCCUUUUCGUGGUGUUCGUUAUCACUUGAAUGAGUGGGGGAAUAAUCCUGUCCAAAAUGAGAAGGAGCUAUUCAACCUUAGGCACUCAUCUCUUCGUAUCACAGUAGAGCGUGCAUUUGGGUGUCUAAAGAGAAGAUUCAAAAUUCUCGAUGAUGCCACUCCUUUCUUUCCUUUCCCAACUCAAGUAGACAUUGUUGUUGCUUGCUGCAUCAUUCACAAUUGGGUUAUACAAGAUGGAAUUGAUGAGUUCUUCAUAGAAGACAAUAAUUUUUCAAGUUAUAACCAUGCUACAACAUACAGUGGACAAGCACAUGAGCAUAUCGAGAUGGUUAAUUUCAGGCAAAGUAUUGCUGAUCAGAUGUGGGCAGACCAUCAAGAGAACAAUAUUAGUUAGUACCCACUAGUUUGUUGAUGUAUUUCAGUUUGGCAAGUAUUUUCCUAGAUGUGUUUGUGUUGUAUGGACAUAUUUAUUGCUAUAUUUCAGUUGUAUGAACAUAUU